UGGGUGAAAAUGGAAAUCCUGGCGCUGCCGGGGGUGCGGAGGCGGGUGUUAGUCGUGUACUUGUACCAGCGACACCACCUGUAUCACUUAUGGAGCAAACGGGUAGUUGUGUCAUAACUGGAUGUACCAAUUCUGAAUAUUGGAAUCAAAGUAUCAUUAUAUUGAUCAACAUGAGUCUGGCAUGAUGUCGCAUCUCUAAUCCCACGGCCAUGUCCUUGUGGAACGCACUAUUAACCUGUAUUGUGAAGCAUAACGCGAAGGUCAUGCAAGUGUCGCAGGCGGAAGUCGUCUGCCGCCAGCUCGCGGAGGAGGAGAAAUAUAGCACUAGACUAGACGUUCUGAGUGGUUUCUCACUCUCCGAUCGCAAACGACGCAUCUUGUUAGUCGAAGGUUUGCAUCCUGACGUCCAUGAAAUGCUGUUUUUCGCUCGAAAACUCUUCAACCCUGCAGACAACGCAAAGCGCUUCCUUUUGAGGCGUGGGACGACUCGACAUCUGAAUAAGUUGAGGAUAAGGCGGGAGUCAGUAGCAGUAGCGCCAGAUGAGGACAUGGCGGCGUUGUUUAGGAGUCCUCAAAGUGGAGCCGGGAGUAGUCCCGGAGGCGGAGAUCAAAGUAGCGGGUUGACUAGUCCUAUGAGCAGUGGAUUCAGUCCACCGCAUGGGAUGAGUGCAUUAGCGCCGGAAGGUAGUUCUUACACAAUGAAUGCCAAUGUUCCUUCUUCGGAAUUAGGCGCAAGAGAUUGACGUAUUAUACAUUUACUACCUAGUUGUACAAGAUCACUCUAUGAUCUUCAUUAUAACUCAAGAACACUUUUUACUUGUACUAGAACCUCUCAUGGGCUGCACUUCUCCUCUCACCUCAGAUCGUCCGCAACUAGCAGAGAAAAAUCGUGGUGGCGUGCGGCAAUUGCUUGGGUUACUACGCGAAAGUCAGCGCUCGAGUGAUUCGCCUCCCGCGCGGAUCUUUUUCCAUGAUAACUUGCGCUAUUUCCGGAGACAAUAUGCGGAUUUUGAUCUGUUUCCGAAGCCCAUCUCUCUGCGUGUGUCAGUGGAGGAAGCCUUGUUGAGACCUAGUCUCUACGAGUGCAAAACUAAGGCGGAUUGCAGCGCAGUGGUAACACUGGAGAAGAUUCUCAGUAUUAAGGCUUCACCUAAUCCAUCUUCCGGUUCCGAAUCCGAGGCAUAUUGGGUAAGCUUCUCAAGGGGAAAAGAGUUCCAGGAUGUACUUAUCUCAAGAUGAAUUAUACGGCGAGCUCUAAUCUUGUAGACCGUUUGAAGCAUGGAGCUCAUUUGCUGAAGGCUAUGAACCUCUUUCCGAAUGCGGUGGAUUUGGUAAGGUUGGAGGCUCUCUACGGUGAUGGUAGUGUGUCUAAAGGGUAUGUGCCACCGACGGACGCUGGUGUACAGAAGAAGAAGGGAGCGACGGAGACAGAGAACACUAGUGCUGCUGUAGUUGGUGAGAGGAAAGUGGCGAUUGGUCUUCCUGGUAGUGUUGGUGAAGUACUACAGGUUGUUCGAUUUGAAGAUGGCACUAAGGGCGGCGGAAAGGGUGCGGGAAGUAGGCGGCCGAGGAGUGCUGGCAGUGAAAAUGGGUCUCCUCAUCUUUAUGAAAGGAGAACUGUAUUCAGAAGUGUUUGAUGUAGUCUCAGCAAGACAAGCAUUCCCUUCUGCAGUUUAUAAUUCCAGAAAAAAGAAGACAUAUGUUGUAUCUACCUAGUAUUCCUCACCGUGCGCUCAGCACAUGACAAGUACUAGCAAAUCCCCUUUUUCAUGUCCUCCAGGGUAAGAAGCCCACCAGUGCAGAACGCAAGCGUCGAGAUGGCUCGCCUCGCCUCCAGCAACAAAGCCACACGUGGAAUUUAACAUUUUUGAAGACGUUGGCGAAGCGCAAGGAUCGUCAAGAAUUCGUCAGGAAGAUUAUGGCUUUCUGGCUUAGUUUAUCUUAUUGUUUUUUGACCUUGAUUUGACUCUAAAAUUGAUGCAUUCUAAAGUUUCUUAGAUCCAAAAUGUGAAACCUUUGACAUGUCUGAUGUUGAGAAGGCCUUAGCCAGCAUGUUUCUGCUAUCCAAAAUGAUACCAUAUGCCAGCUCUGGCAACUAAGGUGCAUAAUUUGACGAUUUGGCUUCGAAUGAAGUAAGUUUGAUUUGGAAAUGAAAAGCUGAACGUCAGGAAAUGAAUUUGAAUUAAAAUCGAUAAAACUGAAAUUUCUUGGAUAUCCCUUUGAUCUGAAGUUUUGGGAUUUGAAAAUUUGAAGAAGACAGUAAGGUGAAAGUAUCAUAGUACCAUUUAAGUAGAUGUAAGGCAUCUAAAUGUACGCCAAGGCUUUAUUCACAAGCAAAAACAACACAAGGGAACAACAAAGGACGAAGCUUGUCCGUCUACAGAACAACAUCUCCUCUCUCUAAAAACCAGAGUCCGAAAAAAGCCGAGAGCUUCUUGAAUCAGAUUGCUGCAUCGCUUUUGCAGGGGAGUUCACAAGGGGAUUCGAAUGUACAACUCACAUCGACGUCUACAGCGAAUACCUCUGCCACAGCUGCGAUGAAGAAAAUGUCCACAGUUGUACCCGACGCAGAACAAGAUGGUAGAAAUAGUCCCAAAAAUGGUCUUUCAAGAGGAGCUUCGACUAUGGGGAACAAGAAUGGUGUUUCUAGAGGAGCAACGGGAGAUCUGGCAGCGAAAGACAUGACGGACGGAGGUGGCGGAAAGUCCUUCGCUAGGACAGGAGUGACGAAUUUUGCAGCUAAAUUGUGGAGCAAAGCUAAGAGCGGAACCGCUAUGCUUAGUGGGCGAAACGAAAGGACUCCUUUAGCUUUGAACGCUACUGAUAAAGAAAACCUACUUAAUAAAUCAGCGAGUUUCGCUCCUGUGUCUUCUGCUUUAGCGGAGAAAAUGAAGAAGAUGGCGCAAAUGAAGCGUGCGGCUAGUGGUUUAGCAGUAGAGACGAAUAUGGUGGACGUGGUUUCCAAAAGGAAUAGUCCUUUAGCAUCCGCGAAGAAAAGUAGUCCGACCUCACCGCAGCAGAGCCCAAGAGGGGCUGCUCAGGUACUUGAAUGCUAGUAGAGGUGUGUUUUAUAACUACAGUUUUUCACGAGGAAUAAUUUUGUAAUUCGAAAAAAAAAAAAUGAUCUCUCAGAUCCAACUGAUGAACCAGCGCCGCGACAUUGCCGCACCACGGCAAACUACGCCAGAAACCGAGCCAGCCACCGACGGCCUUGGGGGUAACUUGGCAUCUGCCCUUGGCCAAUUAGUUGGGGGACCUUCAUCUCCCACUGGCAGGGACAAGAAGAAACGUGGAAGUGUGUUAGCGUCGCCUUUUGGUGCGGAUGAGCCAAUGGGCUUGGGGAGAAGUGGAAAUAUGGCAUGGCUUUGGUCCGCAGAAGUCGUUACUAUAAUAUAUGUACAUGCCCAGAAAGCGGGCCCAUCAAGGGCCCGCUGCGCCGGGCAUAGGUUAACAACUAGACAGAUUGACUACUAAGAGACAGAAAGACAAACGAAAAAAGUCGCCAAGUCUGCUCGCCAAGGCUGGGAAGCUGGCUCCCACUGUGUCAAAGAAGGGAAGGCUGGGGAGGUGACAUCCUCAACGGCUUCGACUUUCAUACGCAGAGAUGUAUAUCUGUGGCCUUCUCAUGGAUAUGAUGACGCUCACCAGGGUCCACCCUUCAGACAUGCAAGUCGUCACGGCUAUCAUUCUCACACGCAUCGACAUCCUCAAAGGCUUCGCCUUUCACGCGCAGAGAUGUAUAUCUUUGCCCUUCUCGUGGAUAUGAUGACGCUCACCAGGGCCCACCCUUCAGACAUGCAAGUCCUCACGGCUAUCAUUCUCACAGGCAUCGACAUCUUCAACGGCUUCAACUUUCACACACAGAGACGUAUAUCUUUGGCCUUCUCAUGGAUAUGAUGAUGCUCACCAGGGUCCACCCUUCAGACACGCAAGUCCCCACGGCUAUCAUUCUCACAGACAUCGACAUCCUCAACGGCUUCGACUUUCACAAACAGCGAUGUAUAUCUUUGGCCUUCUCAUGGAUAUGAUGACGGUCGCAAGGGUCCACCCUUCAGACAUGCGCGGCCUCAUGGCUAUCAUUCUCACACACAUCGACAUCAUCAACGGCUUCGACUUUCACGCGCAGUUAUGUAUAUCUGUGGCCUUCUCAUGAGUAUGAUGAUGCUCACCAGGGUCCACCCUUCAGCGAUGCAAGUGCUUCCGGCUAUCAUUCACACAAGCAUCGACAUCCUCCACGGCUUCGAUUUUCAAGCACAGAACUGGAUAUCUUUGGCCUUCUCGUGGGUCAAUGUGAUGACGCUCGCCAGCCUCUGCCCUUUCAAGUGCUCGCCCUCUCCCUUACAAUUCUCCUACUUUUGUGCUAAUAAAAAUGCACACACGGGCUAACCAUCUCCAAGGGAUGCCGCGCGCUCUUGUGGUCGGUUGUUGUGUGCGGAAGGUAGUCGCGGAAGGGGAGCGAGCUAACUUUUUCCCAAAAACUUCAGGGGGGUCGUUUCGUUUUCUCUGUAUUUGAAUGGCCUCCCUGAAGUUUUUGAAAAAAAAUAAAGGCGCUGGGCGAUAUUUAACAAGGGGAGCGGUUGGAAGUUCUUUGGGGCGAUUCGCUGGGGCGGGGUGGGCGCGUGGUGUCCUGCUGCAGAUUGAUGCGGCUGGUGUACGUGAGUAGCCUACAAACUAGCAGCCGCGAACACGUUAACACGUGGCGUUCGCGGUGCUUUUGAACUCGUAGCACUAGCAACGCAAGUGCUUUAGAGAGCCUUUUGAGCCCUUCAGAAUCCCUUAAGGAGGGCGCUAAUAUUAGCCAAGGGCUAUAACAGCUUUUCCUUAAGGGCCCUCCUUAAGGGAAAUCUUUCCUCUUAAGGAAAGUUAUAGUAACUUUUCGUAAUAGAAAUCCCUUAAGGAAAACCGUUUUCCUUAAGGAAGCCACUUAAAGGAGUCCCUUAAGGAUUUCACAAGCCAUCGCUAACCCUAUAAAUACUAAUAUCCUAGCUUUCUCUAACCCUCGUCCUCGAUCUGGGAUGGCUCCAUUGUCCGCCUCCGACCUCUCCUUCGACGAAACCGAUGCAGUCGUUUCGAUGCAGGCAAGACGGAAGACUAGAAUCACAGCCGCCGAUUUUGGUCGUCUCUUAGCAUCCUCAUCAAAGAAGAAGAGGGAUAGUGGAGGUAAUGAGAAUAUUAAGGCUCCCGCUGAAGCAUCCUUUUCAGCAUCCUUUUCAUCAUCCAAGGGGAAACUGGGGGAGGGGAUGCAGUCAGGGAUGCGAGCGCGGCAGGUCUAAGGGUUUAGGGUUCGGAGGCGGAGGCGGACUGGGAGGACAGCGGGAGGAUAUUGGUAGCAUUCAAGGAUCUCACAAGCCGGGGUCGCUUGGUAGCAGUCACGCUAGCGACAUUGUAGGGGCGGCACAGCUUCUCUCCUUUGGUAAACCUGCUAAAGGACCGCAGAUACAGUUUAAGCAAUUCUCGAUUUUAUGACCACGAUAUGAUUUGUAUAUUGGUAAGUACUUCGGAUGAUAUUUGAUUGGAGGUAUUGAUGAUGAGUAUCAAGCCUAUAGCCACCUACUUGUUUCUUGCAGGAACCACGCACCCUCCUCCGCCUCUGUCCUCCUACAACUUGCUUUCAUUACUUGAAAACGUACGGAAGCAGCCUCGUACGCCUCGGAAUAACGCUCCGAUGAAGGAACAUUACAAGCGGAUGCCGGUUCUGCUUCAUACGACGCCGAAAGCAAGGCAGGUUGCUAAACAACUGAAGUCUCUUUUCAAAGACAGAUAGCCGGUUGACAUGUUGAGUAUGGUAACUGUAUUAUGAUUCGAGUAGGUGCCGGCGGAGCUCGACGUGCAGGAUCCACAACCUAACCCAACCCAUUCAUACCAACAUGAAGUUACCACGAUCAUAAAGGUUUUCGAGAGAACGCCUCUAUAGCCGAUAUCAAUAGGAAAAAUGUUCAUGACAGUGUGUUGCAUAUUAAUGACAACGUUUUUUUAUAUCGUUGAGGUACUUGAUUUACGAUGCAUAAUAAUCAGAAUCAACACUCAAUGGCACUAGUAGGCCUGCAUGUAUAAGUGCAAGCAGAUCAUCAUGCGCUUGGUUUCAGAAGUCAAUCUGCAUAGCGUUGAGUUAGUAAAAAGUUGAAGCAAGAAGUGUCUAUCGUUGUACAGCUGAAGUUUGCAAAGCAGUUGCAGUCCUCUUCCGUAAAAGUAAAUGAUUCAACGUAAUAGUUUGCAUAGUAGGUGCAGUGUUAAUUUCUAUGAACAGAUUCCUAGCGUGUUGUUACACCUACUUAUGAAUGUUUCUACAAAGGUGGGCUGAGAAAGCAUGGGAGAUACAUCAGACACACGCUAGACCGUGACAGGAGGGCUUCAACAUAUUUAAUCGAAGGUUUCAUGAAUAGAAGGGCCUCAAACGACGCCGAUCGAUCUGGUGACAUGUUGCUAGAAGGACCUCAAACGACGCCGGUGAGUCUGCUGACAUGUUGCCAUUUGGAGUGCGGUAGAGGAAUAUCGAUGGUUGAUCAUUUUCUUGAAUUAGGUCAGUGGACACUGAGAGGUCGUGGAUUAGGUGCAAAACUAGAUUGUGGCUUCUUCAUCAUUCUGAUUCUGUG